AUGCCUCACGCGCUCAACGAUUUCUCGGAAUGCGCGAUGGACGAGGAUGGAGCGGCGCUGCAAUACUUCAACGAGCAUGGAGAGGUUGAUGCGGCGGCAAAUGGUUUCGCGGAGAGGGAGAUCGACCAACGUGACAAGGACGCUGAUGCGAUCGACUAUGAAGAUUUUGACGACGAUGAGCUACCCGAGGAGGAGGAAGCGAGCGGCGACCACGAAGAUGGCGAGGAGAGGGUGAAUGGCUUGCACAUGCCCAACACCAACGGCUUUGGGCAGACGAACGGCCACUACGACCACCAUGAGCCUGGUAGCGAUGACUUGUUUGGGGGCGAAGAGGGUAACGAUCUCUUCGGCGAGCACACCUCUUCUCCGGAACAAGCUCGUCAGCCUCCCGAGCAUGACCGGCCACAACCACAGCAUCGGCCCGGUGGUCUUGCGCUGCCUGACAAGUCUGCUCUCGCUCUCCCUGGCUUCUCUCGACCCUCUCAGCCAGCCCAGCGUGCAUACCCACAGGCAUUGUCCCGAGCAUCAGCAUCGAUGAGUCCUCCAUCCUUACAGAAUGAUGGCUACUCUCCCGAAGCCUCUCCAGAACUACCAAGCGAGGAUGAGGAUGAAUUUGCAGGCCUGGAUGACAUGGAGCGUGCACAGCGAAUGCUAAUGGCCCAGUCUAAGCGGAGGCAAGCUGGCGAACGAGUAGAGGACACCGAUGUUCAUGUCAGCCCGAGCGAAUUUUAUAACUUCUUCCCGGCCUACGAAAGUUCUCAAAAUCCUCGCUUCAUCGAGUUCUUCCCGCAAAGGCCGGUGCAGUACCGUGGGAAGGUGCCAGCGAAGCCACCGAAAGCUCUACAGCCUACAAAGUUGACCCUCGAUAUCAUGCAAGAUCAGGAGCGUAACUUUAGGAGCAAUGCUAUUGGACCUCAAGACCAAGAGUCUGCACUUGAAAGCACGCUUAUCCAUCUCCGCCGUGGCACUACAGGAGGUGACGAGAGCGACGAUGAUCUUGCUUUGAGCACCUUUGGCGAAGGAGAGGUCGUAGGCGGCGUGACUAUGGCUGAUCUCGGGGUCAUAUGCGAGGACUGGGACAUGCCCUCGCUGAGUGCUUCGCCUGACGUCGAGGCGCCUGACCUAUCGAUGGACGGCGAAUGGGCAACUGAAGAGCAGUCUCGGCCCACGAAGAGGCGCAAGCUUGACGUGUUAGAUGCAGAUAUUGGCAUGUCUGCUGCUGGCCUAUGGCCAUCUUUCGAGGAACCUGAGCGCGCUGUCGCGAAGAUUGCGAAGAACGUCACUCUUGACCUCAACGAUCCACUUCUACUUGUUGAUGAGCAUGCGCCCCAUAUCGCCCGCAAGGCCAAGCGCAUAUCUGGAGACAAUCGCCGUGACGCUGCCUUGUCCCGAGACUUGGCGAAGCGAUACAACAUCAGCAACGACGAGGCCUACGACCUCCUCAAGGAGAAUCACCAGCACAAGGUGAGGAGUACGCUCGGCAAUAUGGCCGUUGAGCACAGUCUGCCCGCCACAAAGCUCCAAUUCCCCUUCUACAAAGUCGCACUGGAUCCCAAGACCAAGCGAUCUUUCCACAGACCAUCACUGCACAUCAAAGAUUGGGAGACCAAGCCUCAGAAGGAGUUCCGAAUCACCAAGCUGAAGACCAUCAAGAAGAAGGAGAGGCGUGGGCGCGAGAUCAAAGAGCUUUUUGCGACUGCCGAAAGCUUGGCUCUUAACGACAACUCGAAUAUGUUGCUGCUCGAAUACACCGAAGAAGCGCCGUUCAUGCUGUCAAACUUUGGUAUGGGCAAUAGACUGAUCAACUUCUAUCGCAAACGCGGUGCCGACGAUCAAGAACGCCCGAAGCGGGAUGUUGGCGAGACGCAAGUGCUCCUUACGCAGGACAAAAAUCCUUUCGCUAACUUCGGCCACGUCGAUCAAGGCGAGAUCGUGCCAACGCUGCAGAACGGUCUAUUCCGAGCUCCGGUCUAUCAGCACGCGACCAGACCAACCGAUUUCUUCGUGGGCGUGAGCAGUACGCAGUCAUAUGGUAGUAAGAUGUACCUGCGAAAUAUGGAGAACUUGCAUAUUGUUGGCCAACAGUUGCCGAGCUCUGAAGUACCUGGCGAACAUUCUCGUCGUGUCACCGAUGCUGCGAAGAAGAGGCUGCGUGCUCUGGCUUACCGUAUUUACACGAAGGCGCAAAACCCGGCUCGUCGCGACAAGACUUUGGAUAAUGCAACGCUGAUGAGACAUCUCAAGGGUCAUGAUAUGCCGCAGACUCGUAGCAAGAUGCGUGAAUUCAUGAAGUAUGAGCGUAAUGCUCCCGGCGAGGGUGGUGUGUGGGUACCUCUGCAAGGCCAAGUCGUUCCAGAUGCGGAUACUCUACGUAGCUGGGUCAGGCCUGAAGAUGUCUGCCUGCUCGAUUCCAUGCAAGUUGGUGUCCAGCGGCUCAACGACCUGGGUCUGGGCAGCAAGGAUGAAGAGGAGAAGGAGAUCGAUGAGAACGCCAAUAUCGAGAAACAUCUGGCGCCCUGGCGCGCGACCAAGACUUUCCUUCAAGCCACUCAGGGCAAAGCCAUGCUUAAGCUCCAUGGCGAGGGUGAUCCAACGGGUCGUGGAGAGGCCAUCAGCUUUGUCAAGAUCUCUAUGAAAGGUGGAUACCAACGCAUUGGCGAAAGUGUUGAGGACAAGCUUGAUGCAAAGAAGAGGCGCGAGAAUGGUGGCCAUACCUACAAUGUUGCCAAGCAACAGGGCGCGUACGAAGACGACAUCCGUCGUAUCUGGGACAAGCAAAAGAUCGCGCUCUCGAGCAAGGCAGAGCACUCCGAUGACGACAUGGAUGAUGAGGAUGACUUCGAAGCUGAUGCCUUCGGAAGAGCCGCCACUCCUCGCUCGUCUUUUGUGGGCACCCCUGCCAGGCGUGGUGAUGACGAGACUGGCACCCAGUUCAGUCGGGCUAGCACCGAUCGUGUCAACGGUAAAGUGCUUAUCAUUCGACGCACCGGUGGUCGCGACGCGUAUGGUCAAGAGUCAGACGUGACGGAGAAGAUCACCAACCCCAAGGUUAUUAAGGAGUAUAUCAGGCGCACGAACGAGAAGAAGCUUGCCUCUGUCGAUAUAUACAACUACAUCCCUACAGGCGACAAAGUCAUGGACACACUGGUAGCCAACGCCAUGAUCGAAGAGAAAAGCCGCAUCGAAAAGAAUGUCGAGCGCCGCCAAGCCCGCGAACGUGCCAAGGGCAAAGGUCCAGCUGCUGGACCGACCAACGGCAUCGCAAACGGCAACGGCAACGGCGCAGCAGGCUCACCACCAGCCUCCACCGCAGGUUCCCCCGGCCCCUCCGAAGUGGAUACCCCCACCCUCAAUGGCCCAGCAGGCGGCAGUUCAGCGACCGCAACACCACAGAAGGGUCGUGGCAGGAACAAAGAUGGUACCGCGCGCAAGUGCGCCAAUUGCGGACAAGUGGGUCACAUUAAGACCAAUCGAAAGUCAGUAGGCACCGGUUCCUUUUCUUGUUUGAUUUGCGAUACGAGGGAGACGACUGAUUUGCAGACGAUGUUGCCUGUGGUGGCGGCGGGUGCUUCAAGGGCGAACGGCGGCGGCUUCAGGAGAAGUGCCGUUUCCGCCGUACCUCGAGCUACUGCUGCUGCUGUCGGCGCUGAUGCGAAAGGCGUGUUCGCGACUGAUACUUCGUCGAGGCUUGUCCUUUGA